AUGUCUGACGAAGCUUCCACUAUUAAUACUUCAUUCCAUAGUACUUUAUCAAAUAAUACUCCAAGUUCAAAUAAUGAAUCAAAUGAAUUGAAUUCAUCAUCAAAAAGAUCUUCAAUACUUCAAAAUAAAAAUUCUUCAAUUCACUUGGCUACACCAAAAGUAUCAAAGUCUCAAUUGGAUGCUUUAAGUGCUUCACCUGGUUCUUUACCACGUCAUCCGGGUACUUUAGAUGUCACUGCUUUAGCAAGUUCAAGAAAUUCCCUAAUUGAUAAUGAUGAAAUUGAUUCAAUUAAAGGUGAUCAAAAUAAUUUAAUUUUAAAUUCCGAUACUAAAAGUAUUUCAAAUGGAAAUGUUGAUCAAAUUCAAAAUAAUAUCAAUAAUAAUAUAGAAGAUCUAGAAGAUCCUGAUAAUAGUAAAACUUUAGAUCCUGGUAAAAGAAAACAAGAUCAAAGAGUUAAUGAAUUAAUCAAUUCUUUAGAUGAACCAAUUGAUUUUAAAAGAGUUAGUACAAUGUCAACAUCAAGCUCAACAAAUUCUUCUGUAAGGAGUUAUAAUUCUGUUCAAGAAGAUAAUUCAAAUACAAAUGAUGAUAUAACUGUUGGAAUUGUUAAUACUGCCACAGCAACAACUUUCCAAAGAGCUACUCCAACUACAAGACAAAUUAAUAAUGAAUCACCAAAUCAUAAUGAAUUAAAACAAAAUAAAAGUUCAAAUAAUAUAAUUGAAGAAUUGAAUCUUGAAAAUGAACCAAGAAUUAAAGAAGAUAAUGAUGAAGAAGGUACAAUAACUUCAAAAUCUCAAAUUAAUGAACAAUUUUCUCAAAUUUCAAUAAAUAACAGUAAUAAUAAGAAUAAUACUUCAAUUUUCAAUCAUCAAAAUGAUCAUUUAAAAGAAAAUUCACAUGAUUCAGAUGACCAAUUCAAACAAAAAACAUUAAAGGAUCCUGUUAAAAUUGAACCUUAUCAAUAUAAUAACAAGCGUGAUACUGAAUUAACAAAUUCAACAAUUGAUACAACUGAUAAUUCAAUAGAUUCAAGAAAUAAUGAUGAUGAUAAUAAUGACGAUGAUGAUGAUGAUGAUCAAUAUAAAUCACCUUCACCAAAUGGUGAAAGUACACCAUUACAAACUUCAAGUAUAAAUUCCAAAGAAGAAAAUCCAGUUGAAAAUGAAGUUGAACAAAAUCAUAUUCAACCACCUCCAGUUAUUAAAACUUCUUCUCAUAAUGUUGGAUCUCAAGAAUUACUUGCCCCAGAUGAUAAUAAUGAUAUUCCACGUGCUAGUGGUACUAGUGCAACAGCUGGAAAUUUAACAGCUUCAUCAUUUGUUUCCACUGCAACAGGUUCAAAUUUUGAACAAAAAAUUAUUGAUUCAUAUGGUGGUAAUGCUUCAUCAUCAGAUAAUUUACCAUCAUCAUCUAAAUAUUCAGAAAAUUUCGAUGAUGAUUUGAAAAAUUUCGAAAAACCAAUUGCAACUUCUUCAAAUGUUAAUAUACCAAGUCUUGGUUCAAGUGGUACAAAUUUAAGUGAAGAAGUUGGUGAUAUUACUGUUAGAGAAGAAGAUGAACGUGAUGUUGAACAAGAUGAUUAUAAUCAAAAAUCUCAACAAACUCGUGAUUAUAAAUUUCAAAGUACUUCAAGUUCAUUUGCUUCAAAGAAUCAUAGUUAUAUAACAAAUAAAUCUUCAGAUUCUUCCUCAAUACCCACACCAAAAAUGAUUUCAACUCCAAAAGCUCCACAACAACAAGAACCACAACAACAAUCAAGAUCAACUUCAAAUCCAACAACAACUGCAACUCCAAUUCAACAAUCACAUUUAUCAAAAACUGGUAUAAGGUCUGUAAGUUCACCAUUUACAUCAAAAAGUUCACUUGAUAAUCAAAACUUAUCACAAUCUGGUAAAAAAAGAAAAAGUGGAGGUAAUAAAGUUAAAGGAGUUUUUUCAAAUUUUGUUAAUAGUAUGAGAAGUAAUAGUUCAAAUUCUCAUCAAGAUAUAAAUAAAUAUUCAAGUGGUUCAUCAUCUUCAAGUUUAAAAAUUUCUACUCCUUAUGAUGCAAAACAUGUUGCUCAUGUUGGUGUUGAUAAAGAUGGUCAAUAUACUGGGUUACCAGAAGAAUGGGAAAAAUUAUUAACAUCAAGUGGUAUUACUAAAACUGAACAACAACAAAAUCCUCAAGCUGUUAUGGAUAUUGUUGCAUUUUAUCAAGAUCAAACUCAAAAUGCUGAUAAAGAAGUUUUCAAGAAAUUUAAUCCUCCAAGCUCAAAAUUAGUUUCAACUCCUUCAUUUAGAACUCCAAAACCUACUCAACAAGGUCAAUUUUCAUCAACUUCUAAUACAACAACUACACCUCAACAUCAAGGUUUAUCAACACCACAACAAUAUCAAUCAUCUGCUUAUAAACCUUCAAUUACAACAUCAUCACCUGAAGCAUCAAGAGAUCGUCAAUUCAUUCCUUCAAGACCUCCACCAAAACCUCCUCAACAAUCAUCAAUUAAUGCAACUCCAAGUAUUGUUUCUCCAUUAUCAAGAUCAAGAUCUGUUAUGAGUCAACAAACAAAAUCACCAAUUUCAACACCUCAUCAACAAAAUUCACAUUCAUCAAUUGUUCCACAACAACAAAGAUUUACAAAUCAACAUCAUCAAACGCCUCAAACACCACAAUCUUAUCAUCAAUCACCAAAACAACAAUCACAACAACCACAAUCACAAAUACCUCAUCGUGCUCCACCUCCAGUACCAAAACAUACUAAUGAAAUAAUACCUGAUGAACAUCCAAUUGAGAAAUCAGAACAACCUCAACAACAACAACAAAAUAAUAUUAAUCCACCACCAAUUCCAAAAGAUCAACCAGUACGUGAUCCUCAACAAGCUGCAAUAAAUGCACAACGUAAAAAAGAAGAAAAGAAACGUAAAAAUGCACAAAUUUAUGCAAAAUUAGCAACAAUUUGUUCUGAAGGUGAUCCAUCAAAAGUUUAUAGAAAUUUAAUUAAAAUUGGUCAAGGUGCUUCUGGUGGUGUUUAUACAGCAUAUGAAGUUGGUACAAAUCUUAGUGUUGCUAUAAAACAAAUGAAUUUAGAACAACAACCUAAAAAAGAAUUAAUUAUAAAUGAAAUUUUAGUUAUGAAAGGUUCAAAACAUAAAAAUAUUGUUAAUUUUAUUGAUUCAUAUCUUUUACGUGGUGAUUUAUGGGUUGUUAUGGAAUAUAUGGAAGGUGGUUCAUUAACUGAUGUUGUUACACAUAGUGUUAUGACUGAGGGACAAAUUGGUGCAGUAUCAAGAGAAACUUUAAAAGGUUUACAAUUUUUACAUUCAAAAGGUGUUAUUCAUAGAGAUAUUAAAUCUGAUAAUAUAUUAUUAUCAAUGAAUGGAGAUAUUAAAUUAACAGAUUUUGGAUUUUGUGCACAAAUUAAUGAAGUUAAUUUAAAAAGAACAACAAUGGUUGGUACACCAUAUUGGAUGGCACCAGAAGUUGUUAGUAGAAAAGAAUAUGGACCAAAAGUUGAUAUUUGGUCAUUAGGUAUUAUGAUUAUUGAAAUGAUUGAAGGAGAACCACCAUAUUUAAAUGAAACUCCAUUAAGAGCAUUAUAUUUAAUUGCAACAAAUGGUACACCAAAUUUAAAAGAUCCAGAUUCUUUAACAAAUUUAAUGAGAAGAUUUUUAAAUUGGACUUUACAAGUUGAUCCUGAAUUAAGAGGUAAUGCUAUUGAAUUAUUAAAUGAUGAAUUUAUUUUACAAGCUGAUGAUGUUAGUUCAUUAUCUCCAUUGGUUAAAUUAGCUCGUAUGAAGAAAUUAUCUGAAAAAGAUGAUGAAUAA